UACGAAAUGUCAUAAUUAUGUUGUAUUAUUGAUUGUGUAAAUUAUCUUGUAUUUAUUUAGAUGUUACGUGAUAUUAUCUAAUAUCAUACAUUUUAAAUGUUGUAUAUAUGCCAAUUUGAUCUAAAACGUAAACAUAAAAAUGGUUUGAUGUAGAUCACAUACUCUUUCAUACUCAAAAUAUAAUUUUAAUUCUAAGUGUUUACACAUUUAAGCCAGGCGUUUGUAAAAAAGAAACUAUGGUGGAAAACGGAGGAUCUAGUGGUGGUAGUGAAAGUCCAAAUGCAACUUGCGUGCGGUCAGGACUACUGGAAACCCUAGUUCGGGGCGUGUGGUACCGCGUUCACUGCUCCCUGGAAGACGAUUACCUUAGCGUCUGUUUAGACGAUGGUUACGAUGCAACUACAACUUUAAAUGGCACUCUAAACAACAACAAUGUUGAGACGCCCAACAGCGAUUUCACCGAGGUCCCAGAGGCGAUCGCUAACCAGAAGCGCGUCGUGCAAGUAGUUAAAUCAGACAACAAUGGUCUUGGCAUAUCCAUAAAAGGAGGUAUAGAGAACAAUAUGCCCAUUUUAAUAUCUAAAAUAUUUAAGGGAAUGGCAGCAGACCUAACUGAACAAUUGUAUGUUGGUGAUGCAAUAUUAUCUGUUAAUGGUGAAGAUUUGAAGGAUGCAACUCACGAAGAAGCUGUGAAAGCUCUUAAACGGGCUGGAAAAAUGGUUCAGUUAGAAGUGAAAUAUCUCAGAGAAGUAACACCAUACUUCCGAAAGGCUUCCAUUAUAAGCGAGGUUGGUUGGGAACUGCAGAGAGGGUACAUGGUGGAGGCUCCCCCGUCCCCACCCUCGCCGCGACGACGCCGCGCUGACACAAGAUAUGUGCCGCUGUUAAUGGCUUGCGUUGCAAAGAAUCUACGACAUCAUGAUCCUGAGGAGCGCACGAUAGAGAUCUACUCGCCGGACGGCGUGCACGCGCUCGCGUUGCGCGCGGCGUGCGGCAACACGGCGGCGGGCUGGCACCGCGCGCUGCACGCGGCGGCCAGGCGCGCGUGCCGGGCGGCGCUGGCGCGGGCUCGGGCACGGUUGCGCCCGCUCAUGGGGGAUGUGCGGCACGCGGGGUGGCUGGCGAGGCGCCCGCCGAGUGAACAUGUUGGCGCGUCUGCUGGUUCAGAUGAAUCAGACGAAGCAGAAGGAUGGGUGCCGACUUUCGUUGCAAUAACGGAUCGUGAAUUGAGACUAUACGAAGCGGCACCCUGGUCUGCGGAGGCGUGGUGCGCGCCGAGCGAGUGCUUCGGCCUCGCGGCCACGCGGCUGGCGUGGUGGCGGCGCGGCGGUGCGGGGGCCGCGGCGCUGGGCGUGCGCGCCGGCACUGUGGCCGGGCUGGUCGUGCGCUCGCUGCGAGCGGACACCCCGCACGACCUGGCUGCGGUAGCGGGCGCGCUGGUGGACGGCGCGCAUCAUGCGGUGCGCGCGCAGCCGGAGUUCACUUUCCGUUGCCGGUACCGCGGCGCGUGCGCGCGGCUGUCGCUGGGCGCGGGCGGCGUGUGCGUGUGGGAGGCGGCGGGGUCGCUGGGGCGCGGCGGCGCGCGCGCGCUGUACCGCCGCCCGCUGCACGCGCUGCGCGCCUCCGCGGACGACGACCGCGCCGCGCUCUGGCUGCACUUCGCUGACGAUACGCUGGAGCUGGACAUGGAGGGCAGCCCGAAGCCGGCGGUGUUCAUCCUGCACAACCUGCUGUCGGCCCGCGUGCACGCGCUGCCGGGCGAGCCCGCGCCGCCGCUGUAGCCCGACGACGCGGACGCCGACGCGUUCGCGCCGCUCUUCUGAGCCGACCCUAGCGCUGACAAUACCGCCGUUUGCUGCAUUAAAUAAAAAAAAAAAUAAAAAUAAAAAACACUUUAUUGCACACACAAAACAAAACAAAAUCAAACAAAAAUAAUACACAAACAAUGAAGCGGUACAAAUAGGCGGCCUUAUCGCUAAGAAGCGAUAUCUUCCAGGCAUUGUGACGUCUCUAAAGAUUAGACACUGGUCCUUCAAACAUCUUAACGUCAAGAAUGAGUUAUUCUCAUGUUCGAACGACCAAUAUUUCGAUAAUAUCACAGUUUUCUACAUACAUUGGUCCUUCGAGGAUUUGAACUUCACCCUUAAACUUAAAUAUUGAUCCUUCAGUUAACGAGAGUAAUUAAUACGUUCGAAGAACCAAAUUUUCGACAGUACCGCCGCGCCGUUUCUUGCAUUCGAGAUUGGUCCUUCGAGGAUUUAACGAGAAACAAGAAAUUAAAAAUUAAACUGGUCCUUCUUACAUGUUGAGACUUUGAAUAGGUCAUUCGAAAUGUUGGCGAUCGAAGAACCAAUAUUACGACAAUACCCCGUUUGCAGCAUUCGAGAUUGGUCCUUCGAAGGACCAAUCUGGAAUUUUUACGUCAUUAAAAUUAAAUACUGUUCCUUCUAACACGUCUCAAGAGUAAUUAGAGACGUUAAUAUAUUCGAACGACCAAUAUCUCGACAAUACCGCCGUUUGCUGCAUAUAUUGUUCCUUCGAGGAUAUAAAGUCAUUAAAAAAGAAAU